GCCAAAGACAAGAUGGCGGAGACUUCUAGCCGCGCCAAGGCGUACAAGCUCCGUGCGCUCUCCAAGGAUGACCUCCUGAAGACGCUCCAAGAGUACAAGGCGGAGCUCGCUGGUCUCCGUGUUGAGCAGAUCACCAACGGCACUGCCUCCAAGAUCUCUCAGAUCAAGGUGUUCCGCAAGAACAUUGCCGUCGCCAAGACCGUGAUCAACCUCAAGACCCGUGAGGAGCUCAGGAAGCACUACAAGGGCGCCAAAUACGUGCCUCUGGACCUCCGCGUCCGCAAGACGCGCGCCCAGCGUCGUGCUUUGACCAAGCAUGAGCGUGCUCAGAAGACCGUGCGCCAGCAGAAGCGCGAUGCUCACUUUGCUCGCAAGGUGUACGCCGUCAAGGCCUAAACCUCUUGUUCUUGGAAUCUAAAGCACGUGAAUGGUGUCUUGUGGACGAAUCGAGGCACCGUUUGACACAA